AUGGACCUUCCACGGUCCACAUUCAAAAAAGGGUCUAAAAUAUGGUGCCUGGCAAAUCAAAAUAGUAAUUUUAGGUACGAUAAUGAGUGGAAUCCGAAUCGCAUCAUCACUUUGCGUGAUUUUGGUGAUAGAACAGUGGCUAUGGGUACCAUCGCUGCCAUUCACGCCCAUGGACUAGAAAUACACCUUCUAAAUAAUAUGAUUGGCUUUGCAAAUUAUCGCAACAUCUAUUCUAAGGAUUUUUUAGUUAGGCAUGGUAUAAAAGAUAUACUUACUUACUGGCACAAGCAUAAGCGACAGUUUCCUAUAGGCAGCGAUGUUAUCGUUAGACGCCAACCUGAGGGGGAUUCUUCUAGCGGUUAUUUGCCCUUAACACUAAACCCAGAAGAUGUAAAUGAAGAUUUAACAGAUGAGCUAUUGGAGAUUAAUAUGCUAAUACCGGCAAUAGUUAAGUCGAUAGAACCCCAUGGUUUAUUGUUGGAGGUACCAGUGGAUGGCAAUAAAAGCUUAUGGAAGGGAUUUGUUAGUUUUCACAAACAAAAAAUGAAGGUUUCAUUGGGCAAUUUGGUCUAUGUAGUGAUUACCCAUGUUAAUUUUGAGGGCAAGAUUAUCAAGUGCGAUUGGCCCUCCCAUACCCAACCUAAAUAUACAGUUUCAGAUACUAACAUAACCAGUAUUAGACCUGGUGCUAUGGUAUCUACUACAGUUGACCUUAAAAAAUACAAAUUCGAUGCUAAAGACUCUAAACUUCCUUUCCCUGCUGCAAUAAAAGUCACGAUACUUGACAAUUUAAGUGCCACCCUACCCACAACUCAUCUAUGUAAGUACUCACUGAAAAGGGAUAAUUUCAUCUUAGCAAAGCAUUCAAAGACUAGUGAGGAUAAUGAUGUUUCUCAAAAUUCUUUAGUGGCACGCAUAACAUUAGUUAAUUAUGAUAGCAAUGAAAUAUAUGUAUCGUUGCUGCCAACGGUAUUAAUGUGGAAAGCUGCGCAAAGUGAAACUUACACUUUAAAAAAAUCAAUGAAGUUUACAGAUUGUACGGUUAUACGCACUUAUAAUAACUAUGGACUGCAAUUAUUGAUACCCAGUUACUCGAAUAAAUCUAGGUGGCAAAAGUCAGUUGGGUUUCUACACUCAACAAUGGGUUAUAAAGAAGAUUCCGCCAGCACCAGUUCCGUGAGUAGGGGCAAAGAAAGAUAUAGGGAAGUAUACUAUAACUAUUUUGAACGCUGGUCAGUACUCACAUCUAAAUCUGUUGAUAGUAAAUAUCGUUAUAUGUCUCCACAGCAUUUACCCUCUGGUACGAUCAUACGCUGCCGCAUUGAGAAGAUCCUAACCAAUGGUGUAAUAUUACGUACAGUAAAAAAGGGUAUCAGUAAAUCAUCUCAGGGUGUCGGCGAUGGUCUAAAAUAUACAUCGCCUUUCUCAGUAUGGAUACAGCUAUCACAUCUCACUGAUAUUCCACUCACAACAUUGCCUAAGAGGUUCAAAGUUGGUAAGGUGCUACGGGCAAGAGUGCUUGAGUUUGAUUUUACAAGGAAGCUCAUAAUAGCAACGGGCAAGAAGAGUUUGGUUAAUGACAAGAACCCACUCAUCAAUGUAUAUAGUGUGAAAGCUGGACAAAAAGUGACCGGUUUCAUAUCACUAAAUGGAGAGCAACUAUUAAGUAAUGUUGCCAAGAAGGUGACUAUCAAAUUCUUUUCAGGUAUUCGUGCCGUGCUAUCGCAAACGGAUCAGGCUAAAAUGUUACAGGAGGGUGUUAGUAUUAGGAAUGGUACCGUUGUGACAGGAUGUGUGACCAAAGUGUACCAAGAUACUAAUAGGGUGGAAAUUGAGUGUAAAUGA